AUGACAACCAUUCAAGACAUCCAACAAAUUGCAUUGGGUUCAUAUCAAAAACAUAGACAAUUGUCGAUCCAUGAAGCUGAAAUGAUAUCCCUUGAAAUAAUCGGUCUCCUUUGUGAUUCCUACUGUCACGACGAAGACACAUUAAAAUAUAUUGCACGAUUAAUAACGACAGAUGUAUAUAUGGAUUUGAUCGAUGAGAGGAAUUUGAACAAGAAAUGUGGGUAUCCUCUUUGUAAUAAGGCACCUGAAAGGAUUAGAGAUCCAUUUAAUAUGGAUGACGUGACGAGGAAAUUCCUAUGGGAGAAUAACCCAUAUGCUUAUCUUUCCAGGUAUUGUUCAAAAUUUCAUUUUAGAUGUUCUCAGUUUUUCAGAUUGCAAUUAUCUGAUGAGGCAUUGUUUGCCAGGACGGGGAUCCAUUUGAUUGAUAAGCAUGUGCAUGACAGUAAGGGAGAUGAUUUGACUAAUCUAAAUGCAAUACAAGAGGAGAAGUAUAAGAUUACAUUAUUUGAAGAGUUUCUUCGAGAGAAAGCUUCUGAAGACGAUAUUAAAUCUUUAAUUGUUGGGUUAAAGAAGCUAGGAUUUCAAAACGAACAUGCCGAAGACAAUGAAGUCCAUGGCGAUCAACAACUAGAAGAGGAUUUAUCGAAAUGGUUAUCCGAGAUUAAGAUUGUGGAAGAUGAAAAGCCUCCACUUUUAGGAGAUUUUGAAAAGGAAGAUGAUAAUGACAAUGGGAAUAUGAAUUCCAUAUUCUAG